CUGAGUGCUGCAGCUGGCUCAAAUGCCAUCCGAGACCUCCUCAAGGUGUCCAGCGAGGUGUCCGAUGCCAUCGCAAACAACAAGCCGGUUGUUGCCCUGGAGUCGACCAUUUACACCCACGGAGCCCUGGGAAAGGAUCUCGCGCGGGAGCAUGAGGAUUUGGUGCGGAGCACUGGCGGCAUCCCGGCCAUUAUUGCCAUUGUAGACGGCGUGCCGAAAGUGGGUGUUUCCACGGAUGAGAUUAUUCGGAUGAUUGAGGAAGAGGGCACCGUCAAGGCUUCACGAAGAGACAUUUCAUACUUGGUUGGCAUGGGCCUUGCGGGACGCAAAAUCCACGGCGGUACAACCAUCGCUGGCACUAUGCUCCUGGCUCGACUAGCCGGAAUCCGAGUCUUUGGAACCGGUGGUCUUGGUGGUGUUCACCGUGGCGGCGAAGAUUCGAUGGAUAUCUCUGCCGAUCUUACGGAACUGGGAAGGACACGAGUUGCCGUCAUUAGCAGCGGUUGCAAGGGUUUCUUGGAUAUCCCACGCACAUUGGAAUACCUCGAGACUCAGGGAUGCUUGGUGUCCACCUUUGCCGAUGGACGCACCGGCAAGAUUGAUUUCCCGGCCUUCUGGGCGAGGGACAGCGGCGUCAAGAGCCCGUCCGUUACGUACACUGAAAAGGAGGCCGCCGCCAUGAUUCUGGCUCAGGAGAAACUCGGCAUCGAGUCGGGCAUGCUCUUUGCUAACCCCAUCCCCGAGGAGUUUGGCGUUCCCGCAAAGGAAAUGCAGGCUCACAUUGAGCAGGCUGUAGCAGAGGCCGACCAAAAGGGCUUUACGGGCAGCGCCAACACGCCCUACGUCUUGCAAAGGCUCAAGGAGCUCACCGGUGAAAAGGCAGUCAUUGCCAACAAAGCACUGGUCCGGUCCAACAUUGUUAGGGCGACCAACAUUGCGGUGGAGUUGUCGCGCUUGCUGAGCCAGGGAACGAGCUCUUCAUCAGAUCAUAAUGUGGCGUUUACAUCAAAAACCGAGAAGGAUAUACCUUUGGCUCCGCUGAGAGCAAAUUCUAAAGCUGAUAUCCUUGUCGCUGGGUCGGUUGCUGUCGACCUUAGCUGUGAUUACUCCAGUCCCAAGGGUGGUGAUGGCCAGCCUCAAGCUCAUACGUCUAACCCCGCCAGCAUAACCCAGUCGAUCGGCGGUGUCGGUCACAAUGUUGCACUAGCCGCCCAUCGAGCAAGUCGACAAGCCCAGGUCAAAUUUAGCAGCAUGGUUGGAGAUGAUAUUGCGGGUGCAACAGUUCUCUCAGCUUUGGAAGCCUCGGGACUCGAUUCCACAUAUGUCAAGAAACUUGACCGGACAGAGCAUCCUGGGAGUCGAACGGCUCAGUAUGUCGCCAUCAAUGACAGAAGCAAGAAUCUUGUCAUGGCUAUGGCAGACAUGGGCAUCUUUACGCAGCACUUGUUCCCCGAAGACUGGAAGUCAACCAUCAAGGCGACGGAUCCCAAGUGGCUUGUGGUGGAUGGCAACUGGAGCCCCAAGGGCAUCCGGACCUGGAUUCAUUCGGCCAAUGAGCACGGAAGCAAGGUCGCUUUCGAACCAGUCUCGGUUGAAAAAUCCAAGAGCCUCUUUGGCCCCCAGCGCGGAGUGCCAACGCUGGGCGUUUUCCCCCACCAAAGUGUCGACCUCUCCUCACCCAAUAUCUACGAACUCUCAGCCAUGUACUCUGCAGCUAAGGAUAACGGAUAUCUAGACAGCCCGGAAUGGUUCGAGAUUAUCGAUUCCUUCGGCAUGCGCGGAGCCAGAGACCAGUUCGUCCGUCUCACAUCGGUCGAAUUGACGGAUGCCGGCGUACCUGUGCAGUCUAUCCAAUUGCUUCCCUACAUACCAACAUUAAUCACAAAACUCGGAUCCAAAGGCGUGCUGCUGACGACCAUCCUUGGAAAAGACGACCCGCGGCUCCGGGACCGAGAGUCUGACGAAUACAUUCUGACUCGAUCAUAUGAUGGAAACCCUGCAGUUGGUGGUAUCUACAUGCGACUAUUCCCUCCGGUGGAGCAUGUAGAAAAUGUCGUUUCUGUGAAUGGCGUUGGAGACACGUUCCUUGGUGUCAUGGUGUCAGGUCUUGCCCAAGGAGGACGGGUAGACAAGCUGGUGGAUGUUGCUCAGCGAGGUGCGGUUUACACCCUGAAGUGUGCAGAGUCUGUGAGCAAAGACGUUUCAAAACUGGAGAGUGAGCUGGAAAAGCCGAACAGCUCAGCAAACAUGGCUCCGCCUCAGGAUCCCGAUUUCUCAGAGGAUGAACUAUCCGAAAGCCCCUUGUCAUCGGACAUUGACUCUGACGACGACGCAUCAAGAAAGAAGCCAGUGAUUGCGCUGCAAGAGAAGGACUCUGACGAAGAAGACUUGGAACGGUUGGUUUUUGGCAGCAAAGUCAGCUUUGGGGAGAGUCUCUUUAAGAACAAUGGACUGUUUGGAACAUCGGACGAGAAGGAGGGAAAACAAUUGGAAUUGGUCGAUGCGGACACGGGCGGCCUGGAAGACGUCGAUGAUGUCGAUCUGUUCAUGAUUGAUACCGCCCCGAGCGGCGCAGUCCCUCACGCACCAGCUGCUACUGCGACGAAGAAGGCAGAGCAAGGCGAUCCGGUCGCCUGGGAGGACAGCGACGACGAACGACUGGGAAUUUCCCUUGCGAACCAUACACGACUGCGAAAACUGCGACUGACCGAGGCCGAGGACAUUGUGAGCGGCACCGAGUACAGCAGAAGACUCCGACAGCGCUAUCUCCAACUCCAUCCUGCCCCUGCGUGGGCCAAGGAGGCGGAGGGACGCCCUACAAAGAGACGGCGGCGCUCAUCCGCCUCCUCUGGCUCUUCAGAGGAGAGCGGUAACGAGUCCGAUGGCGAAGUGUCCGCCCAGCCGCUGGAAGAGUUCUUGCGAGAUGUCAAGAGCCUGUCUGGAGCGGGCGGCCCCAAGAAGCGACGACUCAGGCCAGAGGUCAUCGACAUCCAGAGGACACGAGAAAUCUCGGACAAGCACCUUGCGCCUGUGGAGUGCCUGUCUUUCCACCCCGAAUACCCAGUCCUGCUGUCUGCCAGUACCGCAUCGGUGCUGUAUCUACAUCACAUUGCCCCCGACGCCCACCCGGUCCCGAAUCCCCGGUUGACGUCUGUGCAGGUCAAGGGUGUAGACAUCCGAAAAGCAGAGUUCUUGUACCCCGAAGGCGACAAAAUCUUUAUCGGCGGACGAAGGAAAUACUUCCACCACUGGGACCUCAAAUCUGGCGUUGUGCAAAAGACGUCGCAGAUUCUGGGCCACCGCCUGGAGCAUAAGACGAUGGAGCGGUUCAAGCUGAGCCCCUGUGGCAGAUACAUGGCCAUUAUCGCGUCGACCCGCAAAGGCGGCGGUAUCGUCAACAUUCUCAGCGUCGGCUCGCUGCAGUGGAUUGCUGCAGCUAGACUGUCCAGCAGAAACGGCAUCGCGGACUUUGCAUGGUGGAGCACUGGAAAUGGCAUGACCAUCCUGGGGAAAGACGGCCAAGUCGGCGAGUACAGCGUGGAGAGUAAGAAUUUCAUUGGCCUAUGGCGCGACGACGGCUGUAUCGGCGGCAUCGUUAUUGCCCUCGGUGGCCACCAGGGCCCUGAGCUGAUUGGCGAUGACCGCUGGGUGGCCAUUGGCUCCAACACGGGCAUCACCAAUAUCUACGACAGGGCAGAGCUUGUCACCCUAGAUGCUGACAAGAACGUCGUCGUCAAGGAGACGCCGACUCCCACUCGUGUGUUUGAGCAGCUUGUCACGCCUGUCACAGUUCUCACAUUCUCCCCCGACGGUCAGCUUCUGGCGUUUGGCAGCAGGGCCCAAAAGGAUGCUCUAAGGCUGGCUCACCUGCCGAGCUGCACAGUCUACAGGAAUUGGCCGACGGCACAGACGCCGCUGGGGAGAAUAACGACGGUGGCAUUUGGCAAGGAGAGCAGCUUGUUGGCGGUGGGUAAUGAUACGGGCAAAAUUAGACUAUGGGAGAUUAGGAAUUAG